CAGGCGGUGGGGCGGUGCCGGUCGAGCCCAGACCCGAGGUUUUAGAGGCAGAGUCAGGCGAAGCUGGGCCAGAACCGCGACCUCCGCAACCUUGAGCAGCAUCCGUGGAGCGCGCCUGCGCAGCUACGACCACAGCAGGAAAGCGCCGCCGGCCAGGCCCAGCUGUGGCCGGACAGGGACUGGAAGAGGACGCGGUCGAGAAGGUGUGCACCAGCCCUGGCAACGAGAGCGUCUGCCCCGAGCUCUGCCGGCCUUGAGGUGGGGAAGCCGGGGAGGGCAAUUGAGGACCCCGCGGAGGCGCGCGACUGGUUGAGCGGGCGGGCUAGCCUCCGAGCCGGGUGGACACAGGUUUUAAAACAUGAAUCCAACACUCAUCCUUGCUGCCUUUUGCCUGGGAAUUGCCUCAGCUACUCUAACAUUUGAUCACAGUUUAGAGGCACAGUGGACCAAGUGGAAGGCGAUGCACAACAGAUUAUACGGCAUGAAUGAAGAGGGAUGGAGGAGAGCAGUGUGGGAGAAGAACAUGAAGAUGAUUGAGCAGCACAAUCAGGAAUACAGGGAAGGGAAACACAGCUUCACAAUGGCCAUGAACGCCUUUGGAGACAUGACCAGUGAAGAAUUCAGGCAGGUGAUGAAUGGCUUUCAAAACCGUAAGCCCAGGAAGGGGAAAGUGUUCCAGGAACCUCUGUUUUAUGAGGCCCCCAGAUCUGUGGAUUGGAGAGAGAAAGGCUACGUGACUCCUGUGAAGAAUCAGGGUCAGUGUGGUUCUUGUUGGGCUUUUAGUGCUACUGGUGCUCUUGAAGGACAGAUGUUCCGGAAAACUGGGAAGCUUGUCUCACUGAGUGAGCAGAAUCUAGUAGACUGCUCUGGGCCUCAAGGCAAUGAGGGCUGCAAUGGUGGCCUAAUGGAUUAUGCCUUCCAGUAUGUUCAGGAUAAUGGAGGCCUGGACUCUGAGGAAUCCUAUCCAUAUGAGGCAACAGAAGAAUCCUGUAAGUACAAUCCCAAGUAUUCUGUCGCUAAUGAUACCGGCUUUGUGGACAUCCCUAAGCAGGAGAAGGCCCUGAUGAAGGCAGUUGCAACUGUGGGGCCCAUUUCUGUUGCUGUUGAUGCAGGUCAUCAGUCCUUUCAGUUCUAUAAAGAAGGCAUUUAUUUUGAGCCAGACUGUAGCAGUGAAGACAUGGAUCAUGGUGUGCUGGUGGUUGGCUACGGAUUUGAAAGCACAGAAUCAGAUAACAAUAAAUAUUGGCUGGUGAAGAACAGCUGGGGUGAAGAAUGGGGCAUGGGUGGCUACAUAAAGAUGGCCAAAGACCGGAGAAACCAUUGUGGAAUUGCCUCAGCAGCCAGCUACCCCACUGUGUGAGCUGGUGGACGGUGAUGAGGAAGGACUUGACUGGGGAUGGCGCAUGCGUGGGAGGAAUUAAUCUUCAGUCUACCAGCCCCUGCUGUGUCGGAUACACACGCGAAUCAUUGAAGAUCCAAGUGUGAUUUGAAUUCUGUGAUAUUUUCACACUGGUAAAUGUUACCUCUAUUUUAAUUACUGCUAUAAGUAGGUUUAUAUUAUUGAUUCACUUACUGACUUUGCAUUUUCGUUUUUAAAAGGAUGUAUAAAUUUUUACCUGUUUAAAUAAAAUUUAAUUUCAAAUGU